UGCUACUACACCAAGGGCGGAAAGAAAAUUGCUGGGGCCGAACAACUGCCGAGGUUAUAUGACAACAUUGAAAAUAUCUUUGCGAUCCGCAAGGACUUUCUGGAAACCAUCCUCAAAACCUUGGAGAUCAUCGGCAAUGCUCCUUUGACGGUUUGUCUCCGUCGGCUCGGCGAUCUGGUCCUCAGUCACUACCGCCCUGACAGGUCAAGAUAUGCCCAACACGAGCUGGACCUGCUCACUCACGACCGAGUCGUGUUCACAAUCCAGGAAGCUCUGGACUCGGAGGGCUGGCCGGACGAAGCGAAUGAUGGACCCCGUGUUUUCAAGAUGCUUGAUCGGACAAGUGUGAAGCAAAAUAAAGCCAUCGCUCUCUCUCUCCACCAGUCGAGGGCCGAGGGGCCCGACGAGAGCAAGCAAGCCCCAAAGCCUGGUCCCUCGCAGAAACGCAGGGUGGAAGAGCUCGAUGACGAUGAUUCCGAAGAAGACGUCGCACGUCCGUCCAAGCAAAUCCGAAUCCGAAAGGCAGGGCCACUUGCAGCCGCUAGCCAGAAACGAAAACAGUUGCCUCUGGAGGCAGAAGAAGAGGACGAGCCUCAAGCAUCGGUCAGCAAGAAGCCCCGUGUCCGACCGCCAAAGAAGGCAGCGCCUCGUCCUGCGAAGGCUCCCAAACCACCGGGUCCUAAGAACGCUGCGAGUCAGCGAUCUCGCGGUAGAAAGGCCGUUGCUACCGCUUCUCGAGUCGGAUGUACUAACGUUUCAAAUUGUCUGCGUUCUUAA